AACUAGACUUAGAAAAAAUCCAGUAUUUUUACAGUAUUGUUUCUGGGUUACAUGCUUUUGGAAGCUGGACUCUGUGCUCCCUUGUAAAACAACAACAGAGGAAAACACAUCGUGAGCUCUGAAUCAUUGUGAGCUUUGAAUCCUCUUUUUGAACGGAAAUACCUGGGAAAAAAAAUAACACACAGGAAUAAUAUAACACCUAUACCAGUUUACUGGGAGACUCGAUCAAAACAUAGAUAAGGCUGCGCUGAGUAUGUGUCACUGCUGAGAGUUGCUGCUUUAAACCUAACUAUAGGAGGUGCUUUCCAUUUAGACAUUUCUGUAGAGUUUGUGAGGCUGGCCUCCAAUCAUGUCAUCUGAGGUAGAGACAAACAUAACCAACCAGACCGAUGUGGCCCCUGUGAAGACCCCGUCAAAGAAAGAAAAAAAGAAAGGCCCGGAGAAGACAAAUGAGUUCUUGCUGGCUCGAUUCAAAGGUGACGGCGUCAGAUAUAAAGCCAAGCUGAUCGGUGUGGAUGAUGUCCCAGAAGCAAGAGGUGAUAAAAUGAGCCAGGAUUCCAUGAUGAAGCUAAAGGGCAUGGCUAUUGCUGCUCGCUCCCAGGGUCAACACAAACAGAAAAUCUGGGUGAACAUUUCCUUGUCUGGUAUUAAAAUCACUGAUGAGAAAACAGGGGUAAUAGAGCAUGAACAGCCGGUCAAUAAGAUUUCCUUUAUUGCUCGUGAUGUUACAGACAACAGAGCUUUUGGUUACGUUUGUGGUGCAGAGGGGCAGCAUCAGUUCUUUGCUAUAAAAACAUCCCAGCAGGCAGAGCCUCUGGUUGUUGAUCUGAAAGAUCUUUUUCAGUUAAUCUUCACGCUGAAGAAAAAAGAAGGGGAGAGUCAGAAAAAGAAUGGUGAGGAUGCCUUGCUGACUAUUGAAAACCAGGACAAUAAAAUGAAAGGUGUUGAACAGCUGGAUCUGUUUGGAGACAUGUCCACACCUCCUGACCUGCACUCCCCUUCUGAAAGUAAAGAUAUCCUAUUGCUGGAUCUAUCCACUGAAAUUGACAACAAUCAGAACUGUGUAAAAGGAAAUCCCUUCUUAGAGAAUUGCAUCACUUCCUGUUCCUCUGUCCCUCGGCAGAGGCCGCAAACAAAUGUAUCACCUGACAAUCCCUUUUCUUCCCAACUGAGUUUUUUUCCUGCACCAAUUCCUGACCCUUUUAGUGACGAUCCUUUCUCCAAAAAUAGCCAAUCAGCACACUCUAACUCAAUCAUUUCUUAUAAAUCGUCUAAUCAGAACAAAGAAAAUUCAAAUCACUUUCUUAGUGGCCCAAAGGUAAAGAGUGCCAUGAAUGGUGACACUGAUUUCUUUGGUCAGCAGUUUGAUCAGAUAUCAAACAGAACUGUCACGCAGGCAUUAACUAAUGGCCAGUGGCCCUUGGAAAAUAAGGUUGCAGAGGCAGCAACAUGGACUCAAAAUGGGAUCCUGGAAAAGGAGCAGAAUGGUCUGCCAAACAUAGCCAUGCAAAACUCAUUUGUGGAAAGAUCUGGCAAAAACCCACCACUACAAAAUGGUGUGAAACAAGACGCCCAGAUGAAGUCGGAUCCUUCAAAGUCUCAUCUAUGCGAUUCUGUGAUAAUUAGCCCUCCACCGCAAAGUACAAAGCCCGGACGAGGCAAGAGAAGCGUCAAGUCUCCUACAAAUGACCUCUUUGGAUCAGACCUUUUUGCUCCAGUCAACCAGACACCAACUCCAUCUCCACCACAGCCUGAAGCCCAGCAAAAACCUCCACAGACCAAUCCUCUAGAUCUCUUCAGCAACAGCACACCCACCACUGCCUCUGCUCUGGGUGCCUUGGGAGCAUUAUCACAAGGAACUCCCCCAGCAGUAACAACAGCACCAUGGGGACAGUCCCCUUCGUUGUUCUCUCUACCUAACUCCAUGGCCCCAGGGCAAAUGAUGGGUGCCCAGCCUUUUGGUCAGCCUGGGAUCUACGGUGCACAACCUGUCCCUGGUUGGGGGCAGCAAGCAGCAUUUGGGGCAGCACCUUCACCACAGCCCCCUGGCUGGGGUCAGCUGGCAGUCGCAUCCCCACCCGGAGCCUGGUCUCAGUCUACACCUUUUACAAACCCCUUCCAACCUAACAUGUUCCCUGCUGCUAUGAAUGGGCCGAUGGCAGGGAUUACCCAGUCCGGCCCUCCACCCCAGCCCCCUCCAAGGCCUGCUGCUGUGAAAGAAGCACCAAAGGUGGAGAACAGUGCCUUCAGUGUCCUGGAUCCUCUGGGAGAGAAGGAGAAGAAGAACAUUAAAGAGAUGUUCAGGGACUUCCAGAUCGCCAAGCCACCAACAGUUCCAGCCAGGAGGGGUGAACAGCUAGCUGUGACCAGCACAAGUGGUGCCUUCUCGCAGUAUUUCACCAGCAGAGUAGGCCUUGUCCAGGAUGUUGCUGAUCACGAUGACUUCGAUAUCAAUCAGAUAUCAACUAAAAUCAAUGAGCCACCAAAACCAGCACCUAGACUAGCUCCUCCAUCUACUUUGAACCCUGUACAGAACAUCUUUGGGAAUCCUUUUGGGUCUGAUCCUUUUGGUGCUUCUGCCCCCAUAACUAGUGCUCCAACCCAGCAGCCAGCUACAACAAAUUUAUUUGGGGAUGGAUUUGAUAAUCCAUUUGCAUGAAGACCAUCAUGUUUCCAACUCUACCUACUUCUAUGAAACAGUGAUGCUGCCAACUUUUUUGAAGACAAAAUUGGGUUUACCUACAAAGCUAUCAUAUCAGGAUUUACAUACAAGUGUUCUGUCCCAUUGCCACACUGAUAGAUAUCUCAAGACCUAAGUGUUUCAUUGAUCGAUACCAUUGUGACCCUUGCUUAUUGAAUCACAUACACAGUCAACGUUUUUGUAGUUCAUAAUUUCAGAACUGAUAUUCUGUUUUUUACUGUGCUGUUUGUUGUACGUCUUUUCAUGAAUAUGAAUACUAUUGUCAACUAAUAAUAAGGAAGUAGGGGCCCGUACAUUACUCUCAAUGUAAAAGCAAUUGACUUGUGUUUCGAAUAGGUUUGACACGAGGAAGCAUUAUAUCACGGAACGUCAAAAAAUGAAAAGUUAAGUGUUAAAAUUGGUUUACAAAAAAAAUUAGCAAUGUAUUUUUUUUUCUUCUUGAGUAUUGGAUAUGUAUUAAGCUGUAGUCUGUCUUUUUGUGUAUUUAUUUGGAUGACCAAGCUAAGAGUCAAUCCAAUGGAUUUUAAGUUUGCAUUGCAUUUUACAGUUACUGAGAAUUUACAAUAGAGCUAUUUUGAAAACAAAAAACUGUGUGUCUCAACAUCUAAACAAACAGACAUACAGUCAUAUCACACAACUUAAGGAAGCCAAAACUCUGAUCAUUUAUUCUGUACAAGCAAAAGUCUGUGCAUUUAUUAUAGUUAUUUGCAGGUGUAGUCCUUUCUCACUCUUUAAAAAACUAUCAAAGUGUAUGUGAUUCCUUUAAGCCACAGACCAUCCUUUAAGCUACAGACCACUAAAUGUAUAGACUGUGGUAAUCUUUUAUAUUAGUUAACAUGCAAUAUUAGAACACAAUAAAGUGGUUUUGUAAUUGGGUGCUUGGCAUCAAUUGAAACACAGUUAUUCAAACUAAAGUAAGACCAGGGUCUAAGUAAUGUAACAUUUAUUGCACAGUUGUGAAAGCACUUUGCUCUUACUGUAAUAAAAAUACAGGUUUAACUGGAAAAUUCAUGGAAAUAAAAUGUGUAAAUCAAAAUAGCUUAUGUAUAAAAAGCCCAGCUGUAUCUGUAACUGAAGUCUUUUAUUCAUUGUUUCUAUUUGUCGUGCACUACCCUCCUCUAUCUCGGAUAUGGUGUAACUUUUUUACAAUGAAUUUACUCUCUAUUCAUUACAAUAAACUGGAAAUGUAGUGUAAUUGACAGUAAAAAUUACAGAGCUGUAACACAAUUUAUAUUCAAGAAAUAUGUAUUAUAUUCUUCUGUUAUGCCUUAUAAUAAAGCAGUAACAUUGUGAAUGAUCUCAGU